GCAACGAUGUGUAUAAUUUUUUUUGAAUGUUCAAAGUGUCUACGAACGGGAUACGAUAGCUAAAGUGAAGAAGGUGGUUCGAUUUAAAUAUAGAGUGCAGUGUUUAUAAUGGCGCAGUGGUUUAAAUCUGAAGGAGCCCUUUCGAAGGAGGUUCAAAGAUUAUACUUGUUCGCACGUGACGAAGAAAUUAUCUGCAAGGUUUCUGAACUUUGCUGCUUGGUACCCGUCUAGAGGAGGAUCAUUAACUGGUUUAUUCAUAGAACGAAACCUGUGACAAGAAGGUGAAUGACUAGAAUUAAACUUAGCCUAGUCAGAAGCCCGUGGCUCGGCUCAUGAGUGUGAUGGACAGUUGUUAGCGGACCGAUGUCAGUCAGACGAAACUAGCGAGGAAAAAAACCAGGGAGAGAGAAGGAAAGAGUAAGCUCUAGAAAAGCGGCGCCUUCGACAAGGGGACAAUGUCCUUCUGUAGGAUCACCGGGAGGAGCAGAGGCCUUCCCAAGCCCAACUAUUUCCCUCUGCUACCACCGAUCAGUCCAGCGGCAGCGAAACGCUGGUGUCGAAUAACCGGCAAGUCCUACGGGUUACCGACCCAUCACUACAUUCCCGUCCUGCUCGGUGUUCACACUCCCGGCAAAAAUAAAUGUAGAAUAACCACCGCUUCCGGAUUAGGACCGCAUCAUUUCACCGACGGUGUUAUCGUCGGAGAGAAGAAGAAGCACGUCGUGCUUCAGGACUAUCGAUACGUCUUCCCGGUCCUAGACACAGAUAAUGCCCAGCAAAAAGUCCUGAGGGAUCUUCUAGACACGAAGCAACCGUCGCCGGAGGAAGAUGGCGGCAGGUUUGUUUAUACCGUGGAGGAACGGAGAUGCAGUCUCGUUUUUCCAGCUCGUCUUGAGGCGGCGGUCAGAGACGGAGAUGUACGCGAUGUGAUGUUAUCGCGAGACUGUGACACGGUCCUCCUGCGAUUGCGACAAGGGAAGAACGUAUCCGUCGACUUUCGAGACCUGGACAACUUCGAGAACCUCUACGACGGUAUGGGACCGCGGGAGGAUGUCGUCAAAGAACGUGAAAAACUGGAGGCUGAAGCUAGAAAACGCAAGAAAAAACGACAGGCGGGUCUCAACUAUGCGAAAAAAAUAUUUGAGGACAAGGAGAGGGUCGCCGAUGAAGAAGAGCUGAAACGGGUCAAGCAAGUCAAGCUCAAAAGCGUCAAGGAAGAUGUCAAGGAAGAAACUCAGGACUGGAAGCACGUGAACUUGGAUAACACUGCGACCAACGGAGCCUCGCUGAUCGCGGCGUCUGGUGACUGGCGAGACCUGGUCAAACCGUUGAUGGAAAACUGGGAUUGGAAUAAUUUCGAGAGAGAUGCAGCGCUGGUCAACGGACUUCCUGUCGUCGACAGAAUGCCCCAACCCAUCAAAACUGAUCCAAAGUUUGUGGACCUCGAAAACACGCCGACCGGGUUGAUCGGUUCACCAAUUUUCGAAGAAGCUGGUGGACUGGAAGCCGUUGCAGUGGUCGCGCCCUUUACCCCGCUGAACGCCGAGCCCAAUCCAGAGCUUCAGAUCGCCUUGACGAGCAUUCCAACGCAGGACCUCGAACUAACAUCCGACGUGACCGCCAAGUUCAACGCUGUUGGCAGGCAGGCGGUCGAGACGCUUCCCAAGGUCGACGAAAUCCCCGAGCUUGUUCAGAAGAUGAAAUCGGGAGUUAAAACAAAAAUGCACAAAGUUUCGGGUCUGAAACUCGACAUUGAAUCUGCGCAGAGAUUCAUCCCUGGACAGACGCUCCAAACACCCACGGGUCCAGUAUUCGUUCCUGGACAAACGGUUCGCACUCCCCACGGCCCAGCAUUCGUUCCUGGCUUCACGGUGAACACGCCAGACGGCCCCCUUCUUAUUCCUGGCCAAAUCGUCAAUGCGGUAGAAUCAAAUAAUAAAAAAACGCCGAUGUUCGUCGCCGGUCAAACGUUACCAACCAAAAAUGGUCUCCAGUUUGUCCAGGGACAGAACAUGCACACUGCUGAUGGGGCAAGGUUUGUUCAAGGUCAAACUGUUUUGACCGACGCCGGGCCGAAGUUCGUCGCUGGACAAGUAACGGAAGGAUUCGAAUUCCUUCCUGGACAAACCAUCAUAACGGAGGAUGGUACCCCGUGCUUUAUGCCGGGACAAACCAUGACCAAUGAGGAAGGUGAACAGCUCUUCAUACCAGGACAAAGUGUGCAACGGGGCGAAGCUUGGGAAUUUGUACCAGGUCAAAGCGUCAAGACACCGUCUGGUGAGGUAGCAUUUGUGCCUGGUAAAACGAUGCUCACAUCAGAAGGACCCAGCUUUGUACCCGGUCAAAAUGUGAUUGCCAGUAACGGAGAGACUCACUUCGUUCCCGGCGUCACCGUCGAGUCGGAGAAUGGGCCGAAAUUCGUUGCAGGCACGACGUUGAACACGUCUGAGGGGCGAAAAUUCGUCGAAGGACAGUUCGUGGAAACGCCCGAGGGAGAGAAGAGAUUCAUGCCAGGGUUAACAACGAUAUUGGAGGGAAACGAAGGCUUCGAAUUCGCGGCAGCGAGAAACCUCAACGAUGUGGUAUUCCUCGAAGCCGGCCCAAUCGGCAUACCGAUAGAUCCGAAAACUGCGAACGCAUUAUCGCUCUCCGGUCAGCCAGAUGAGGUAUUUGGUCACAUGGUGCAGACCGAAAAGGGGGUAGAGUUUUUCCCUGAGUGUGUGAAAAGCUUACCUCCCGGAGGAAAAAAGGUAGUCCCGGGUCAACUGGUUCGCGGAGGGAAAGGCGGACCGAGAUUCGUUCCCGGAAUGAUGACGGACGAUGGAUUCGUACCGGGGCAAGUAGUAAUGACGGAAAUGGGAGAGCAAUUUGUGCCUGGCCAAGUGGUGGACACUACCGAAGGGCCGAAAUUCGUUCCCGGACAAGUGGUGGAAACGCGAUCCGGGCCGAAAUUCGUGCCCGGUCAGACCAUCGAGACUGCGGACGGGCCCCGCUUCGUGCCGGGACAAAUCGUCGAGACUAAGGCAGGACCCACCUUCAUCCCAGGCCAGGUGAUAUCCACGGAAGACGAGGGGUCCAGAUUCGUUCCCGGGCAAGUGGUCGACACUCCGGACGGGCCUCGAUUCGUUCCAGGUCGUGUCGUCGAGGCUGGAGACCGCGGAGUGACCUUUGUGCCGGGCCAAAUUGUCCAGACGGAAGAAGGUCCGCGAUUUGUCGCGCCGGAUUUGACGGACACCCCUGAAGGAGGGCUCGAGUUUUCUGUCCAAGGUUUCGAAGUGACUCCGGAAGAACUGCGGCUGCUCAGACCGCGGCAUCAUUUCAGCUAUGACACCGCUGCUAAGGGGCACCAAGGCGAAAUGAGUAUUGACGCGAGGAUGCUGAGACAGCUGUCGGAAGCUGGGAUGUCCGUUGGUCGACAGGUACCGACGGAAUUGCCUGCCGUGAACGUCGACGUCGAUCCGAGAUCCGUGGCGCUUGAACACGCCUUGGAUGCCGUAGAGAAGCUCGGACUGCAGGGCAAUGCAGCUGUGAAAAUGGCACAGAUCGUCUCGACGGUCGCUCGGCUGGCCAGUAACAUAAUUGAAAAAAAUGUGUCGGAAAAAAUGACUAAUGGGAAAUCCUCGCCAACGGGUAUCAGGCCGUUUACAAAUGGGGAAGGUAAACACGAGAAUGGCGACCAGACCGAUGAAGUUUUUCAUGCGGCGCUCAGGGCGGCUGUAAUGGCUGCAGCUUUGGCAAUCUCUGGACAGGAUUCAACGGACGAAGCAGACCAGCAGAAUUACGUUUUUUCGGCAAUAAGCGAGUCGUUCAACGUACUACUGAGACAAAAUUCGUUAAACUUUGAAAACGCGGUGGAAGAGGUGCACAAAAUACUGCUGGUACCCCAGAAUCGCAGCCUCGUUUGUCACGGCGUCCUUCUCGAUUUGUUAAAUGCUAGCAGCAAUAAGGUGGAUAUUCUGAAGUCAACGAUCGGCGGACAAAUUCUUAAAGACGAGGUUGUUCUGGAGAGACUAUCGGCCGUACUGGAAGAUGAGGAUGGCAGUGACUUAGUGGGGGCCGCUUUUAGGGCUGUGACAAAAAAUAAUCCUGACCUAAUCUCGAGGGUGCUACGAAAAGUAUCGGAAGACGCGGCCGGUGUGAUUACGGAAAAAGAGGCUGUGGAGACGGUGCACAAAGCGAUUGUCCACGCGGUACGAGAGUCGAGUGAACUCAAAGUUCGGGAACUUCUGAAUGACGACGGUCCCAAGGUCCGUGACUUGAUACUGCAGGCAGUCGGCCUCGCCAGAGCACUCGGAAUGUCUUCAACUGCUUCGAGCCUUCUGGCAGUGAUCUCUGACAAUAAAUCGACCGAAGCGUUGUCCGGCGACCGAAUGACCGUCGACAUUUUGAAGCGGCUCACGGUGAUGCGACAGCUUGCUGAACAAAGACCACAGUUCAGCAGAGCCCUCGGGGACUUAUGCAGCGAUCCAGAAUUGGCCAGGUCCGACCCUCGACUUCGGGCACUCGUUAGAGAGAGCGCGGCUCUCAUGAUAGUUCCCGAAGAAGCGCCGCUGCAGUCGUCAGCCGAUGUACCAACCGCUCUACUUCAUGCCGAGAACAGCUUGGCCAUGGAGGAAUUCCUCCUGAAAAGAAGCCACAGGCCCUCCGCUAUUUUCAUGAUUCUGAAGCAGGGAAUGCAGGCUGUUGUUCCCAGGGAAGCGUCCAGGGCCGUCCUCACUGGACAGGUGUCGUACACCGUCCUCGACGAGGAUGGGAUCAGCCACUUCGAACCGCUGCACGUAUUUUCUGCUCUGCGAUUGAGCAGACCGACGGCGCAUCGGUUUUCAAUGUAUUGCUGUCCGGUUGCUCGCGAGGAAGACGGAGACACGGAAAUGGUAUCGACUGUAACCGGGACCAUUUCUGCAACGUCUGCGAGCAGCUUGGAAGGAGUAAUGACAAACGGGAUCAGGCAGGAAACUAGCGGAGUCAGUCUUUCGAGGUCGGAACAAUUCGGAGGGUAUUCGGCUAGUAGAGAAAAUACCCCUAGCUUCCGAAGACUCAGCAGUCUGCACCCCAACAACAGCUGCGAGUCGGUUUCCUCGGAGCACUAUGUGGUGAUCAAGGAUUACACGGCCGAAGGAGAGGAUGGAGUCUCGGUCACCGUCGGAGACAUCGUUGAGGCCGUGGAACACGCCGAGUCGGCAAAGAAAAUGAAGAGCGACCCCGACCUAGAAGUCGGAGGCGAGGUCGGCGUUCCUCUGGACAAUUCCGCGGCUAAACACAAACUCGCGGUCCGACCACGAAGAAAACACACCGAUCCGAGGGCGCGUAGUGCCGUUAAAUUGAACGGUAUCAACCCGCCAGACAGAGUGUACGUGCGAACCAACGAUGGCAAAGAGGGCUGGGUGCCAUCCGGUGUUGUCAAGCAAAGUAUGAUAAGCGAGGAAAGUUCCACGCUGACCAGUCAAAUACGUCCUGAAGACUCUCAUUAUCGACGAGAAGCUGUGAUAAAGGAACUCGUCGAGACCGAGGAAGAAUUUGGCAGGGACAUACAGUCGGUGGUUGAGCGUUACUUGAAACCUCUGGAUCACCCAGGAGUACCGAGAGCCGUGCGAGAUAACAAAGAUCUGAUAUUUACGAACCUGAGGCAAAUAGCCGAGUUUCACAAUACCUCGUUCGGCAGGGUGUUGAUCGAGGGCGUCAAGUACUACGCGGACCAACCACGGAUGCUGGGAAAGACUUUCUUGAGACUGGAACGAGAUUUUGACAAGCACGUUGCUUACUGCAGAGACGAACCAUCGGCUCAAGAAUUUCUUCAAUCGAACGACGAAGUCCGCGAUUACUUUGAAGAGCUGAGCCAGACUCUCGGAGACGACAAGAGCGUUUCGGAGCAUUUGAAGCUCCCGAUACAACGCAUCAACGACUACCAGCUCCUUCUUAAGGAGCUGGUGAAGUAUUCGACCCGACUAGGCGAAGACUGCGACGACCUCCAGAAGGCUUUGGAGUUGAUGCUAGGCAUCCCUCACAGGGCAACAGAUAAUAAGUUUAUAAGUAACAUCGAGGGAUACAAAGGGAAUAUACACAAGCUCGGGAGAUUGCUGACUCACGAAUGGUUCAGUUUCAUCGACAAGGACAACAAGAGUAAGGAACGAUAUUUAUUCCUCUUCAAAGCCCGAAUCCUCGUUUGCAAGGUCAGGCGCAUUUCGGAAGACAGAUCAGUAUUCGUCUUGAAGGAUAUUAUUCGACUGCCGGAGGUAGAAGUAAAGGAUCACCCUGAAGAUCAGCGGAGCUUUGAGCUGCACCACACGAGUCCAGGCGCGCCUGGCUAUCCCAUCACUUUAGUAGCUCACAAGGACCUCAUUAAGCAGUACUGGCUCAAAGAGAUACGCCAGUACGCCAGCGACGUAGUCGCACUCGCGGAACACGCUGCGGACGACCUGCAGCUGACGGAGGUGCAGGAAGACUUCAAGGACUCAAAUCACGUCAAACCGGAACCGGUCAAAGUUGAACCCCCGAAACCCGAGCCACGGAAGACUGUUUCAGACCCCAAACCAGAACCUACGAAACAGAGUACCAAGGCCGCCAAAUCGGAGGAGACCAAAGGAACUGAAAAGGGCCAGGAACUGAUCGAGAGAAAAGUUGGAGACGAAGGUAACGAAAUGUCGGGCCGGUACUCGUCAAGCCGGUACAGCUCCGCAUCCUCCAGAGUGAUUGAGGAGUACUCGUCCGUGUCAAGCAGCCGCAAUGGCAUCUCUUCCUAUACGGAAUCGUCGCUGUCGGCAAGUGCAUCGAGAAAAUCCUCCUCUGCAAUUGGUUCAGAAGUCACGUCUGAAAGCACCAACUCGUACACCACUGCGAUUGGGGGUUCGAACUCGAUCAGUGAAGUGAAAACAACGAAGCUCGCCCUGACGAAGGACGAUUCCGGAAAACCAGUUUUCACCAAGACCAUCGAAGGCUGCAACGUUGAACCAAUACGAGCAAAACAGGCAUUGAUACACGCAAUAGCCGGAGAGAGCGCCACGUUCGAGUGUACAUUGAACGAUAAUGACUCGCCGUCAAGGAUGCACUGGCUUAAGGACAAUAAGCCGUUAGAUGACAAACUUGCGGACAGAGUGGUGACUAGUGCCGAAAACAACAGCACCUUCAAACUAGAAAUUGCAAAUGUCUCGGAAUCUGACUCUGGAAUUUACACUGCCAGAGCAGUCAAUAGCGAUGGCAUAGCAACUUGUACCGCCCAACUCAUAGUUCAUGAACUGACUUCUGAAGAACGGAAAGCCAGGGCGGAGGCGAAUGCUCCGAUAUUCUUAGUGCGCCUGAAGGACACGGAACUUCUGGAGAACACUUACUUACGGUUCAUGGUUAAGAUCAAGGGUGAUCCAAAUCCUGAUCUUAAAUUCUACAAGGACGACGUCCUUAUCGACUCGAAGAACGAACGUAUCAAGAUUGUAACUGAGAAAGCAGACAAGGGUUUUUACGAGUUAGUCAUUGCAGCUGUCCAGCGAGAAGACGCUGGAAAAUAUUCGUGCACAGCGAUGAAUCGGUUCGGCGAAACGUCUUGCGAGGCCAAGGUUACUGUCACUGACGAAAAAAGCGUAUUUGCCGGUCUUCCCGAAGGCUUACUGGAGCCCGGUGUGGAACCACAAUUCCAAUGGCUCAGAGACGGUCAACCGUUCGACCCGGAAGAGAGAUUCAAAGUAUUGUUCAAGGACAGCGAAGAUACUCUGGCUCUCGUUUUCCAACACGUGAAGCCAGAGGAUGCAGGUUUGUACACUUGCGUUGCUCAAACCAGCACUGGAAACAUUAGCUGCAGUGCCGAACUCACGGUCCAAGGGUCUGUGAACCAAUUGGCGAAAAAUCCCGCAAAACCCAAGCUGGAAACGGAGUUUAAACAGUCUGAAGUAAACGCAGGAGGAUCUGCAAUGCUCGACUUACAGGUUCAAGGUUUCCCCAAGCCUGAGAUCAAGUGGACAAAGGACGGCGAAGAGAUACUGGCCGGUGGAAGGAUCAAAUAUCUAUGGGAAGAUGAGGAAUCCCUCUCGCUUGUGAUCAAGCAAGUCACAGCCAAGGAUGCGGGCACUUACACGAUCAAGGCCAAGAAUGAAUUGGGAGAGGACAGCACGCAGAUUGAACUUAUCGUAAAAUCUGCGCCAAAAGUCACGAAAAAAAUGACGGAUACUACCGUCAUGACAGAGGAGACCGUAACAAUGACUGUCGAGAUCGAGGGAUCACCUGUACCAGAAGUUACAUGGUAUAAGGAUGGUCAGUUGAUUACAGAAUCGGAGCGUAUCAAAAUUACAAAGGACAGUAAGGGAGCGUACAGCCUGACCAUAAAAAAUACUAGAAUCGAAGAUUCCGGAUCCUAUUCCAUAGUGGCCAAGAACGAAAUUAGUCAAACUUCAGAAUUCUGGAACUUCAGCGUGAAAUCACCUCCGAAAAUUAAAAGGAAACUUGGAGAACCGAAGGUCAUCAAUGAAGGCGACAGCCUGACAUUGUUGAUCGAAGUUGAGGCUGACCCAAAACCAACUAUUAAAUGGUUUAAGGACGGAGAAGUAGUCAGUGAAACUGAGCGUAUAAAAAUAGUUCAAGAUGGUGACAAAUACAUGCUGAAGAUCACCGGCGCCGUUAGUACCGACGCUUCGACUUACAAAGCGGAAGUUAGCAACAAGCACGGCUCGAGCGUUGAUGAAACGAAAGUAAAUGUACGCAGCGCGCCUCGAUUCAAGACCAAACUGAAAGACGUAACGGCCAACGAAGGGGACUUGAACAUAGAAUUCGAAGUCAUAAUCGAAGGCUUCCCAAAACCGAGCAUUCAAUGGUACCUGGGUGACGUUGAAAUCACGGAAACGCGGAAGGAGUAUACUCGCAUCGAAGAGGGAGAUAAUUACAAGCUCAUUAUCAAGGAAGUGAAGACUGAGUUGUCCGGCAAAUACACUUGUAAAGUUAAAAACGAAUUUGGAGAGAAUGAAAGUAGCUCUACGCUAACUGUGCACAGUAAACCGAAGAUCAUAAAGAAGCUGACGGAUCAAAAAAUCACGGAGGGAGAUACUUUGAACUUGAAAUUCGAAGUGUCUGGCGUGCCAGAGCCUGAAGUAAAGUGGUUUAAGGAUGGUAAGGACGUCUCUGCCGAUGCGAGGAUCAAAAUCACUAGGGACACCCAACGUAAAGAGAGUUACGACUUGACGCUCAAUCUUGUCAAGGGUUCCGAUGGCGGGUUGUACGAGGUUCGAGCAGAAAAUCAAAUGGGUGUUGUCACCAGCAAGAGCAAUGUCAUUGUUCAAACGAAAUCAGAAGAAAUUACAGAAGAAAAGAAAACGCUGAAGAUGGAAGUGACUGAAAAUGUCGAAAUAGACGAGGAAGCUAUAGCCCCAAAAAAAGUAACCAAAGAAGAUCAAGCUCCGCCUAAACAACAAGCUACGGAAUCAGAAUCUGAAGGUCGUGUCACACUGGAGAAACAGAGCAUCCAAGUUAUCCGAGGGGAGGGAGAUACGAUUACCAUAUCUGUUGCCUCCACCACUACUCACGAAGCUAUGCUCACAGCUUCUCCGGAGAUCGUCAAUUCAGAUCUUGAGGACCGCAAAAUCUUCGAAACGCAAAGUACAACCUUCGAGAUCAAAGCAACUGGUGUACCAAAGCCUGAGGCUAAAUGGUUUAAGGAUGGCAAGCCAAUUAAAAUUAGUGAUCGCCUUAAAUACACGAGCAGUGGAGACUUUUUCAAACUCGUAUUGACAAAUGCACAGCUUGAAGAUGCUGGUGUUUACCAGUGUAAAUUGAGCAAUAAAUUUGGAGAAAAGACUCUGGAGGGAAAGUUGACAGUCGCUUCUACUACUGAGUAUCGAAAGCCCAGAUUCGUCGAACCAUUGAAGGAUGCUGUUGCACCGGCUAACGAUCCGGUCCAACUGCAAGCAGUUCUGUUGGCUGAUCCCGUCCCUGAUGUCGUCUGGUCGCAUGGCGCAAAGGUAAUAUCACCAACUGAUCGAAACGUUACACUGAAACUGGAAACUAAGGAGGUCGAAGAUGGAUUAAAUGAGUGCACGUUUACGCUCGCCAUUCCUCGCAGUAGCGCUGAAAAUACGGGCAAUUACACUCUGAAAGCUAAGAACAAGUGGGGUGAAGGUGAAUCCAGUGCUCGUUUAGAUAUUCUGAUUCGGCCUGAAAUACAAGAAUUCAGGGAUUUGAAUGCUGCACCCGAUGAACUUACCCAGUGGGAAGUCGUAGUCGAGGCAAAUCCAAAACCAAUAAUAAUGUGGGAAAAAGAUGGCAAGGCUCUCAAAACUGAUGAUCGCAUUCAAACAGUGGAAGAUGCGGACAACAAUAAAUUUAAACUUGUCAUUAAAAAUCUGAAACUGGACGAUGUAGGCACAUAUAAAGUCAUCGCGAAAAAUUCACAAGGUCAAGCUGCUGCACAAGCCCAGCUGAAGACUCAUGCUGAUGCACCACAGUUCAUCAACAAACUGACCGACAAGUCAUUCAAAGAUCAAGACGACGUUCAGCUCAAAGUUCGAGUCAGCGGACUUCCCAAGCCUCAGAUCAAGUGGCUCAAGGAUAAAACACAGAUCACAAACGACGAACGCUAUAGCAUUACGACUGAUGUAGAAGGACAAGUAGUGAGCAGUCUUCUGAUCAAAAAGUUUUCAGCCGAAGAUGUGGCAAAGAUAACUUGCAUAGCAUCCAAUAUCGCUGGAACAGUUGAUACCUCUGCUCAACUUUCAUUGGCAAAAUCUGCGCCAACAUUUAGUCGUACACUUCCUAGAUCAGCCGAAGUUGACGAAGGCGAACCACUCGAGCUGAAAGCUAAGUUAGACGGCAGUCCAAUCCCUUCGGUAAAGUGGUUCAAAAACGGAGAAGAAGUCAAACCUGAUGGCCAUAUAAAAAUAGAGUCUCUGCCCGAUGGUACUGUUAAGCUCACAAUCGAAAAUGUCAAGCCAACUGAUUGCGGAGCCUAUAAAUUAAUUGCCACCAAUCCAAACGGAGACGCUGCUGCUUUGUGUGCCGUGGCUGUGAAGCCUGAGCCAAAGAAGCCAAGCUUUGUCAAAGGUCUCGAGGAUGCCAAGGCUAUAGUAGGCCAGCCUUUGAAAUUGGAAGCUCAAGUGGUAGCAUUUCCUAAUCCUCAAAUACAAUGGUGCAAAGAUGGUGUACCAAUUAGACAAACUAAAGAAGUCAACUUUUCUAAUGAUCCAAAUGGAUUGAUCGGAUUGUCAAUUGACAAAGUGCGACCAGAAGAUGCUGGCACUUACAGCUUGGUGGUAAUAAAUAAGCUGGGAGAUAUCACUGGCGUUGCAAAGGUAGAAGUUGAGGAAAAGGAACGGAAACCGGCCUUCUUAACUACCCUACAGCCACUUACGGUCGUUGAAGGUUUCCCUGCUAAACUGGAAGUGAAAACUAUUGGAAAGCCACCCGCACAGCUCAAGUGGCUCCAUAAUGGCGUAGAGGUAAUACCAGACGGUCAACAUAUCAAGAUAAUAGAUUUACCAGAUGGAACACACGCAUUUGUUAUCGACAAAGCGAGACCUGAAGAUUCUGGAGAGUACCAGGCGGUUGCCACUAAUAAUCAGGGCUCAGCUUCUAGCAAGGCGAAUGUAGAUGUUGCUGGAAAAGGUCAAAGUGGUCGUCCAGAAGAGAGACCUGGUUUCUUGAGUCCGAUGCGUGAUGUGUCCGUUGAAGAAGGACAACCUUUGGUACUCAGUGUGCCAUUUGUUGGUAAUCCAAUUCCCGAUGUCAGUUGGACCAAAGAUGGAGAACCCGUUGAACCAAGCGAUAAAGUGAUGAUAACUUGCGACGGAAAAAAAGUUGGUCUCCAAAUCAACCCAUCAUCUCUCAAGGAUGCCGGAGUUUACGGAUGCCGUUUAGUCAGUCCUCUUGGUGAGGAUGCUACUAGCGCAACAGCUACCGUUCGAAAGGUAUUCCAAGAACCAACGUUCACUCAAAAGUUUACGGACUUACAACAAUUGCCAACGUACGACGCUAAGUUUCCUGCUCGCGUGGACGGCAUACCUCGGCCAGAAGUAUCAUGGUACUAUAACGAUAAACCAAUUCUGACUGAUACUGACAAGUACAAGAUAAAACGAGACGGAGACGCGUGUUGCCUCUAUGUAAGAAACUGUACACCAGCCGAUGCUGGACGAUACAAGUGCAAAGCUGUAAAUAGACAAGGGGAAGCCGAAUGCACCGCAAAUUUGGAAGUUGUAGAAAAGAUUGAGAAAAAACAGAAAGUUGAACCUCCGUCCUUCCUCAAGAAGAUCGGAGAUUGUGAAGUGUACAAAGCAAUGACGGCUAAAUUUACAGCCUGCAUUACAGGAUAUCCUGAACCAGAAUACGAAUGGUUCCACAAUGACACUAAAGUGUGGCCGUCCGAUAGAAUCCGCAUGGACAAAGAGGGCAGUGGUCUUCUACGACUAACCAUUGCUGGUGUUUACGAAGGCGAUGUAGGGAAAUACAGUUUGAGGAUAUUCAACCCUCAUGGCGAAGAUAUUUGUCACGCUGAGAUGACCUACGACUCCCUUGAGCCUCGGACGAAGAAACCUUUGGCAGACCAGUAUACGGACUUUGACAAGUACCAAAAAUCGGGUGCACCACUACCGUUAGCAGACAAACCGAUCAUCAGUCGUAUGAUGGAUAGACACUUGACACUUUCGUGGAAACCAUCAAUCCCAAUCGGACCAAGAACACCUGUGACCUACUCUGUCGAAAUGUGUGAAUUGCCGGAUGGCGACUGGUUUACCGCACGUUCUGGCGUCAGAAGUUGUUGUUGCGAUAUUCGUAAUCUGGAACCGUUCCGUGAUUACAAAUUCAGGAUUCGAGUGGAAAACAAAUACGGCAUCAGCGAUCCAUCUCCGUUUGCUCAAACUUAUAGAUCUAAAUUAGAACCUGAGCCACCUAAGUUCUUCCCUUAUUUAUCUCCGGGUAUUGAUUUCCGACCUGAAACCAGUCCCUACUUCCCUAAGGACUUUGAUAUUGAAAAACCACCUCACGAUGGUUACGCUCAGGCACCGAAAUUCUUGAGGCAAGAAUGGGACACUCAGUACGGUGUUAAAAACCAUAAUUGCAAUCUAUUUUGGUUCGUGUAUGGAUACCCAAAGCCAAACAUGCAAUAUUAUUUCAACGACGAGCUAAUCGAACCUGGAGGACGCUAUGACUACAGCUAUACCCGAAACGGGCAGGCUACCUUAUUCAUAAACAAAAUGUUAGACAGGGAUGUAGGCACGUAUGAAGCUGUAGCAACUAAUGAACAUGGAAUGGCAAGACAGCGAGUUCGUCUAGAAAUUGCUGAAUACCCUACAUUUAUUCAGCGUCCUGAUGAGACCAUUAUUAUGUUGAGAAAAUCAGGAAGGAUUGAAGCCCGCGUUAUUGGUGUUCCAUAUCCAGAACUUAAGUGGUAUAAAGACUGGAAACCGCUAGCCCCAUCGUCCAGAAUCAAGAUCCAAUUCGUCGAACCUGAUAUUUCCAUUCUGAUCAUCAAUGAUGCCAUUAACAAAGACGAGGGUUUAUAUUCGCUUAGUGCCCGCAACGUCGCAGGCGCAGUUUCAAGUUCAGCUAUGGUCCAUAUAGAAGAAAACGAGCAAGAGUAUGGAUAUAAAACGUACACCAGGAGCCGAGAAAUCAAACCACGCACUAAACCACUUGGAGAUUUUUACGAUUUGGGUGAUGAAUUGGGACGCGGAACUCAGGGUGUAACAUAUCAUGCGGUGGAAAGAUUAACUGGACGUAACUACGCAGCGAAAGUUAUGCACGGCCGCGGCGAGCUGAGACCAUUUAUGUACAACGAAAUGGAUAUUAUGAAUAAUCUUAAUCAUCGCAAACUUAUUCGCUUGCACGAUGGCUAUGAAACAGACCGGACUUUGACACUAGUUACAGAAUUAGCUGCUGGUGGAGAAUUGGUGGACAAUUUGGUACGUCAACCAUAUUAUACAGAGGGUGAUAUCGCUGGGUACAUUAGGCAGAUACUAUGGGGCCUGGACUACAUGCAUAGCAAUAAUUAUGCCCACCUCGGUUUAACUCUUGGAGACCUUCUGAUUUCUCAUCCAGGCGGAGAUGAUCUAAAGAUUGGAGACUUUGGAUUAUCCAGAAGAAUUACUUAUGGAAAACUAAUGACACUGGCAUAUGGAAUGCCAGAAUACGUUGCACCAGAAGUGGCUAAUAACGAAGGUGUGAGCUAUGGUGCUGAUAUGUGGUCCCUCGGUAUUAUUACGUAUAUCCUCUUGUCUGGAAAUUCUCCAUUCCGGGGUAUCAAUGAUAGGGAAACUUUGACGAGAAUAAAAGAGGGCAGAUGGGAAUUUGACGAUAGGUGGUCACACAUAUCUGAGGAUGGAAGAGAUUUCAUUAGAAAACUUCUAGUCUAUCAAUCUGAUGGACGAAUGGAUGUUUCAACAGCACUGCGUCAUCCUUGGCUUAAUUAUGCAGAUAAAAUGCCAUUGGACCCGUACAGAAUACCAUCUGAAAAUUUGAGGAAUUACUACAAUCUCUACAGGGAUUGGUACAGCAACGCAUCGUGUCGCACGUGGUAUCGUAGAAGGAGGUUGAGUGGAGCAUUCGAACACCCAUCUAAGAUGGUUUAUCCUCCUGGACAAAGUUACACCCCAUCGCCCAGCCCUGACAGAAGCCUUACUCCAAGAAACAGGCCACCUCCACGAUCAUGGGAAAAUCAUAUUCCGUCAAGAGAAGCAAUCGAUACAGAGAUUGGAGUUAUCAAAAACGAAAGCCACUAUCAGUAUGGACCUGAUACAUAUUUGCUACAGCUGCGAGACACUGAUUUCCCUGUGCGUUUGCGUGAGUAUAUGAAGGUAGCCUCUAACCGAGCGUCAGGAUACUCGCGUACUCUUCUUGAUGACAACAGUUAUGAUUGGAGGACACCAGUCAUCCGGGAGCGACGUCGCUUCACUGACGUUAUGGAUGAAGAAAUUGACGAUGAACGUAAAGCUAGAAUCAACAAAUAUGGAUCAGCAGAUACAUACACCUUAAGACGUUUACGUCAUGAGCUGGGAACUCGUCUGGACAGCUAUGCUGAAGCGGAGGCUUUACUAGAGACAAAGAAAGAUGGACAUAUGCCAUUCUUGCGUGAAAAACCACAAAUUUUACCCAUCGAAGCUGAGAAACCAGCACGGUUGGUAUGCCUCGCAGUUGGUAAUCCUAAGCCAUCGGUUCAGUGGUUCAAAAAUGAUUUAGUUAUUCAAGAGGGAAACAGAGUUAAAGUUGAAGAAGACAACGAAGGCAGAUCAAUUUUGACAUUCAACCCUGCAAAAGACUUCGAUGUAGGAAUAUACAAAGUUGUAGCCAGAAACAAGGUAGGGCAAACAGUUGCCCGAACAAGAGUACUCCUUGCGACAGCUCCAUCGUCUCCUGAUUCUCCGCAAACACCAGAAAUUUCUGACACUGAAGUUUUACUAAGAUGGAAACAGCCCAAGGAUGAUGGAAACUCCCCUAUACUGUGCUACAACGUGCAGUACAAACCCGAAAACGCAAUGGAUUGGAUUGACCUCGCUAGCAACAUUGAUCAUGAAUUUUAUAUUGUUCAAGACCUGAAGCCAAAGACGAAGUAUUAUUUCAGACUUGCCGCUAGAAAUCGUAUUGGUUGGAGUGAGAAGGGAAUUCCAACAGGUUUGAUAGAAACAAAGGAAGAAGGUACCCCCAAAAUUCAAGUUACCCGUGCCAUGAAGCAUCUGCAACAACUAACUGACGCCGGGCAAGAAAUAAUUAUUGAAGACAAUAAAGCGGGUAUCGAUUAUAGCAUCGAAGAUAAACCUUUGGAAUGGUCAAACGAGGGUCAACUGAGCGAGAAAUAUAGCUUUAUAUCGGAAUUAUCCCGUGGACAGUUCUCCGUUGUUGUAAAGGGAGUCGAAAAAUCUUCGGACAGAGUGAUUGUGGCUAAGAUUUUAGAAAUUCGGCCAGAAACCGAAGCUCAAGUUGCAAACGAAUACGAAACAUUGCGAUCUUUGAGACACGAAAGAAUAGCAGUCUUAGAAGCAGCUUACAAAACGCCAGGAGCUUCGGUUGCUGUUUUAAUUCAAGAAAAACUUCAGGGCGCUGAUGUCUUGACCUACUUAUCUAGCCGUCAUGAGUACACGGAAAAUUGUGUCGCCACAAUUGUGACACAAAUUUUGGAUGCAUUGCAAUAUCUCCACUGGAGAACUUUGUGCCACCUAGAUAUUCAACCCGACAAUAUCGUGAUGGCCUCAGUCCGUUCUGUACAAGUAAAACUAGUAGAUUUUGGAUCUGCUCAUAAAGUUACUAAAUUAGGAAACUCAGUUCCUCAAGUAGGACACCCAGAAUACAGAGCACCGGAGUUGUUGAAUGAAGAACCAGCCUAUCCACAAACGGAUAUAUGGAUGGUCGGUGUUCUUACUUAUGUUCUUUUAUCAGGAGUCUCUCCAUUCCGAGGAAAAGAUGCGGAAGAGACGAGACAAAAUAUCAGUUAUGUUAGGUACCGAUUUGAACACCUCUACAAAGAGUUGAGCCAAGAAGCAACUAGAUUCCUCAUGCUCGUAUUCAAACGAACUCCUAGCAAACGACCAACUGCAGAAGAAUGCCAUGAGCACAGAUGGUUACUGCCAACGGAGUUUAUGAUCAAGAAACGAGAGAGGGCAGUAUUCCUUGGUAACCGACUGAAGGAGUACAAUGAAGAAUAUCAUCAGGAAAAACUUAAAUUAGCUUCGAAAAGUGACAACUUAGCAUCGGCAUUCGGCUCCACACGACAACUUAUCAGAUCGAACAGCAUACAAGAAGAAUUGCUUACCAACUAAAAAUUAGAAUAAGUCGCGAUUUUCCAAUUAUGUAUUGAUUUAUUUUACUGUUUAUAAUUUAUUCAAGUCUAGUCAAUCUCAUAAAAUGAAGGUUUCGGAGCCGAUGUAAAGAGAUCAAUCAAAACGUUGUGAUUUUCCUUGUUUUUUUGUUAUUAUUUAUUUGUUAUAACUUGUAAUUAUUAUUAAUAUAUAAUCUUUCGUUUUAUCCAUCAGUUCAAGCAAUGCGGAAAUUAUGAUUUUUGUCUGGAACACUCCAGUUAAUGUAUAAGGCGUAUUACUUACUAAUAAUAAGGGAAAAAAAAAUAAAAAUAAAAAAUCAUAAAACUCACGCUUAGCAUAUAUAAAUCAAGUCAAAUUAAUUUCAACUGUACAAACGCGACGUCUAUGAUAAGAAGAUGAAAUGAAUCGUUUAAGCGUUAAUAAAAAAUUUUAGAAUA